ACCUUUAAAUGUGUGGGCCAGACAACUUGCCCUCAUUUCUUUAUUUCUGAUUUAGAGCAGGCCAAGGGACAGAGCUUGAGCUGUUGUGGCGGGUGAAGGUCAGCAGGCAUGAUGCAGGCUCUCUGGGCUCUGUGGUUGUCUGCUUUUCCAGCUCUGCUGGGGGCUUCGCCGCUGUUUUCGGAGAAGGAAAGCACUGACUCCAGGAUCUGUAAGCCUGCUCCACAGUGGGAGAUCGAAGGCCAGAUUCCAAUGAAGCACCUUGUAGGAAGCAUAGCCGUUGUGGCUCUUCUUAAAGCGAGCUGACAUUUCUGUCUCAAGCAGGCUGCCAAGUUGGGAGACCUGCGUGACAAGCUGGCCCUUGGCAAGCUGACUAACAUAUCAUUCCUGGUUGUCAAUGAGCAGGAUGCUCAGUCCAGAGCCAUGUACUGGGAGCUGAAGAGGAGGACGGCAGAGGGCAUCCCCGUGUAUCAACAGAGCCCACUGCAAAACGACAUCUGGGACAUCUUGGAGGGAGACAAGGAUGAUUUCUUAGUUUAUGACAGAUGUGGAUAUCUCACCUUCCACAUUGCCCUGCCCUUCAGUUUCCUUCACUUCCCUUAUAUAGAAGCUGCCAUCAGGUCUACAUACCACAAAAAUAUAUGCAACUGCUCAUUAAAUGCAAACUUCUCCAUAUCAGAAGGCUUUGAAAACAACAACAAUUAUACAAAUGAGCCUACCGAAGAGAGCAAGACUAACAAUACAGAGCCUGUAACUGUUGAGCAUCAGCAUCAUCACCAUCACCAUCAACAUGAGGAUCAUCAUCAUCAUCACCAACAUGUGCAUCAUCAUCAUCAUCAUCACCAACAUGUGCAUCAUCAUCAUCAUCUAAAUAACAGUAACAGCACCGGUGAUUCAGAUGUGACCUCCGUACCAAAGGGGCCAAUCCAGCAUUCACAUCAAGAACAUAGUCAUUAAAACGUGCUUUUUUUCAAUAAUUGUUGAAUUUUUGUUUAAAAAUAUAUGCUUUUUUAUCAGCGGAGCUGCUCUUGAGUCAGACCUUAUAUUGACCUUAAAGGGGUUGGUUUUCAUUGCUCUUAAUGAAGUGUGCACUUUAAACCUGAGUCAGGGGUCUGCAUACAGAUGUUGAGCAGAAGAGUCGUUCACACUAGACUUCUGUUUUCCUCCUUUCUUUUAGGGAAUACCUGAGUGUGCUGAACUAAAGAGUUUGCUUUGUGUAUUAUUUGUUAACUGCCCUGUAUUUAUAUUAUAUGAUAUGUUAAGGAAAUGUUCGUGACCCAGAGUGGUAAUAUAUACAAAGAAUAAAUC